UCGACACCUCGCCCAAAUCUCUAGGUUUUCUAUCGGGAAAAUAAUAUUGGGCUCUCACUUUGGGCCAUUUAAACGUAAGCCCAAUACUUAGAGACUUAAUAAAUUAACUGACGAAGAAACAGCAAAUCGAAACGACUGUCGAAGAGAUGGCGAGCACAGCGUGUUUUAUAAUUGUCAGUAGGAAUGAUAUUCCUAUUUAUGAAGCUGAAGUUGGAUCUGCUGCAAAAAGAGAAGAUGCUGCUCAGCUACAUCAGUUUAUAUUACAUGCAGCUCUUGAUAUUGUUCAGGACCUGGCUUGGACUACUAGUGCCAUGUUCUUGAAAUCAAUUGACAAGUUUAAUGAUCUGGUGGUUUCAGUUUAUGUUACUGCUGGUCAUACUCGAUUUAUGCUACUUCACAACCCUCACAAUGAUGAUGGAAUCAAGAGCUUUUUUCAGGAGGUUCAUGAACUUUAUAUUAAGAUUCUUCUCAAUCCCCUCUACUUGCCUGGUUCCCGCAUUACAUCAUCACAUUUCGACACUAAAGUUCGGGCACUUGCAAGAAAAUAUCUGUGAACACUGUUUUUGUAGUUUGGAUACAAUUGCUAUGAAGAUGAACCUAAAACAUUAUCUGAAACUUCAAACCAGUUUUUUUAACGUUUUGUAAAUCUUUUGGAGUAGUUUUGGAGGCUCCUUGUGAGUACCAUUAUCUGAUACAAUUGCUCUGCUGUUUGCUCAGUGGGUGCACCAAGCCACUAACCUGACAAUUUUUGAAUUGAUUUGGAGGUUGUUCGUUGAUCA